CCUCUCUUUGCUCUGUACUAAAGUUCAUCGCUGUCUGGAGGGACCCAGGUUUCAUAUUCAAGUAUUUAUUUACAACUACAAUAUGAUGAUUAUGCAGCUUUAUCUCUAUCUACUCAUAUGGUGUCAAGCUGCAGAGACUUUAACAGCUCAACUAACAGAUUUGGGGCAAAAUGUGACCAUAAACUGUGAUCUUGAUGAAAAUGAAGUUUUUUGGUUUUUACUGAAACUUCCAGAUUCUUUGGCUGUGAUAUUGCGCACUUUCUCACACCCAAUUCCUUUUUACUACAAUGAAAGAUUCAGACACAAAUAUUCAGUGGACUCUAAACAUAAUCUGCUCAUAAAUAAUGUCACUACUGAUGAGUUAGGAGUUUAUUACUGUAUGAGCACAGAUUCGAAAUUCAGCAAUGGCAUCAGACUACACAUCAUUGAACCAACGCCACAAACUGAGUGCCAGAAUCAGAAUCAUACAGUCGUACAGUAUAUUCAGCAGAAUCAGACGGUGGUGAAGUACAUUCAGCAGAAUCAGACGUCAUGGCAGACUCUUACCCUCAUAUCUGCUCUGUUCAAUGCUGUUUUGGUCGUUGUGGUCAUAGGACUUUUGAAGGCUUGUGCUGUUAGAAGGCCUGCAGAACAACAACUUCAUAAUACUGAUGCACAGCUGACACAAGAUAUAGAAGAGCAUUUAUAUUCAAAUUAAUUACAGGUGUGUUAGGUGUUGAGACAGGUGAAAUGAAGACUUUAUUCGAUUCUGGAUGGAGAAAAUGGAGAUUCUGUCACUCUACAUACUGAUUUUACUGACAUACAGGGAUAUAUUACAGUGAUACAGUGGAUUUUUGGAUCUGAAAACACAGAUAUUGUCAUAGCUGAAAUCAAUAGAGAGGCAACGAGUAAUGAUGUUCAUGAGAGAUUCAGAGACAGAGUGCAGAUGGACAUUCAUACAAGAUCCCUCACCAUCACAAACUUUAGAACCACAGACUCAGAAAGCAAUUAAAAUCUGCCAAUUCAGUGAAUUAACCGAGCAGCACAGGAAGGUGCUGGCUGCGCCGCACAGCGGACCUAUGAGGGUUGAUGCAGUACAUUAUAAUGCAAAAGAUAGAAAAUCCAUCGUGCACCGGCAGUAAUCACAAGAUUCGCCUAUGCAUCGAUCGAAGGGAUCCGAAUGAAGCUCUUAUGCGUCCUCACCAUCCCAUGCGCACAGUAGAGGAAGUAGCCUCACAAAUGUCCAAUGCCAGCGUCUUCUCAGUGCUUGAUGCUAGAAGCUCAUUCUGGCAAAUCAAGUUAGACAAUGAAUCUUCCCUAUUCACCAUUUUGCAACACCUUUUGGCAGAUAACGUUUUUUGUGCAUGCCUUUCAGUAUUAAUUCAGCAUCAGAAGUGUUUCAACGGGCAAUGGAGCAGAUCUUCACAGGCUUCCUAUGUGCCAUAAUCAUCUAGCCAUCAUGGUUGGAGGGAAAGGGUAAGAGCAUGAUGAGAACUUGAGAAAGGUUCUAAACAGAGCAUGGCAAGUGAAUCUGAAACUAAACCCACAAAAAUGCAAGUUCAGUCUCUAAAGAAGUUAUGUGGGCCACCUGUUCACAGAACAUGGAUUAAAACCAGACCCAGCCAAGAUACAGGCCAUCACAGAGAUGCCACUGCCAAAUGACAAAGCUGCCUUGCAACGUCAAUGACCUGGGUAAGUUUAUCCCAAAUUUCAGUGAACUGGCGACACCACUUCAGCGGCUGCUCCACAGGGAUGUAGUUUGGUGCCGGUCACAGCAACAACAAGAAACAUUUAAAAUGAUUACAAAAAAAAAAAAAAAACUGCAUCACAUGCCCACCAGUGCUGAAGUACUUUGAUAUAAUCAAACCUGUGACUAUCACAUGUGACGCUUCUCACUAGGGAUUGGGUACAGCAUGCAUACAGAAUGGUGAGCCAAUCAAUAAUGUCUCACGCACUCUAACUGAAACAGAAAUUAGAUAUGCUCAAAUCGAAAAGGAGCUACUGGCAGUGGUCUUCGGCUGUCAAAACUUACAUCUACGGAAAACCGGUCUUGGUGGAAACAGACCACCAACCCCUUGUCACAAUUCUAAACAAACCCCUACACACUGCUCCAGCACGACUUCAGCGAAUGAUACUAAAUCUACACAAGUUUAACCUGACUCUCAUUUACAAUAUUUGAGACAUUUGACUGGAACAGCCAACAGUACCUAGUGCUGGUGGAUUCCGACUAUGGGUGGUUUGAAAUAAACCCACUUAGAACCUUGUCAUUGCAAAAUGUCAUCAACAAACUGAGGCACUUUUCUGUGCACGGUAUUUCCCAGAAGCUAAUCGCUGACAAUGGCACCCACCCAGUUUACGAGCCAGGUCUUCAGAGACUUUGCAAGUUCUUGGGACUGUCAUAUCACUAGAAGUCCUGAGUAUGCACUGCUGAAUGGUCUUGCAGAAAAAGCCAUACAUAGUGCAAAGUGCAUAGUGCAAAGUGCCUGGUCGAAACCACUAAGAGGGAUGGGACAGACGCAUCUGAAUUUGUCAAACAUCCGCAACAUUCUCUGAGAUAAGAUACUGGGUUCACCGGCACAGAGAUUGAUGUCCAAGGUAAUGCGUACCAACAUGCCCAUCAGCGAGCAGAUGCUAAAAAUAAGGUCAAAGGAUGCUCAUCAUCUCAAAGCUCAACUCUCCAAAAAGAGACAAAUGCAACAGGUGUACUUUGAAAAAAAAGGAGUAAACCACUCUCUCCUCUGCAUGAAUCUCAAGUGGUACGGAUGCAAAAGGUCACGACAAGACUGGAGCACUCUCACAGAGCCCAGAUCUUAUGUUGCGGAGUCAGACGGUAAAUAGUACAGGAAGUUUACUACUUCCUGUAAAAGAACUACUCCCACACUGCACACACGCCGAUCUGGAGGACUUAUUGUCACAACUCAAAUCUGUGCCAGACAACAACAAUGUGUCUUAGGAUGCGCUGCAUGCUGAAGAAAACAUUCCAGCUGGGCCAACUGCUCAAAAGUUAACAUAUCGUAUAGAUACGGCCAGAUUUCUAAGCCUAGUCUUAAGUACACUGUUUAACAAUGCAUGUUGUUGAAAAUCUGGUGUAAGAAUGUGUUAUUCUGAUAUUUUCAUUAUUUCAGUUGCAAUUUCAGUUUUGCAUUACAUAAAUGUUAAAAAUGUUUGUGAAAUUAUAGUACUUUUGAGUAGAGGAAAGUAUAGAACUAAGGAAAGGGGAUGUAGAUAACUGAUGAUGUGCCAUCCAGUUAGUUAAAGGUGCAAUAUGUAAUAAUUUUGCAGUAAAAUAUCCAAAAACCACUAGGCCAGUGUUACAUAUUUUGUUCACUUGAGUACUUACAAUAU